UUGAUUUUAGGUAAAUCCACAUCAUUCCCAUCUUGGGUCUAUAACUGGUAACUGGGAGCAGCGGCACAACACCUUUCUGUGGAUUAUUUAGAUAGAUUUUUCUUUAACUAAACCUGAUUCAAGACCGAAACCGUGAAACAAUGAAUUUCUUUAUAUGCUGCACUCUACUGCUGGUGGUUCCAUUUGCAUCGGCUGCUGCUGCAGCGAAGGAUAAUAAAUCACAGGAAGGAGUGAAGAAUAAACGAGAAUUACCGUCUGGGCCGUAUUCUGGAGGAGUAUCGCAUAAAUAUCUGCCGCCAUCUAUUGGGAGCGGAGGUGGUGGAUAUUCGAGUGGAUCAAGUUAUGACUUUGGCAAUGGUGGAGGCGGUUAUAGUGGUGGAGCUGGUUCGGAUAUCGGCCAUGGCAAUGUUGAGACGUACAUAAUUCAAACUUCAGGCGGCAAAGGACCAUCAUUCGGUGGAGGAUCGUUUGGUGGAGCUUCAUUGGGAGGUGCUGGCGGAGCAGGUGGCUAUAAAUACCCAAGUGGUGGUCUUGGAGUAACAUUGGGUCACAAAGUCGUCAUUCCAUCAGCGUCAUAUGGAUCCCCAAGUCUUUCCUUUGGCGGUAUCGGUGGCGGCGUUGGUGGUGGUAGUUCAUACAGUGGUGGACAUGGACAUAGCCAUGGACACGGAUCAUCUAUUGUAGGUCAUUCACCUUCAGUGACUUAUGGAACUCCAGCAAUUAGUUAUGGAGCACCAUCGAUCGGUUAUUCAGGUGGUUUAGGCAGCAGCGGAUCACACUACCAUGGCAGCAAUGGUUUUGGUGGAUCUUCUUCCUCUCAUGGUGCCAGCAGUUUAUCCUUCGGUGGAUCUUCGUCUUCAUCCCACGGUGGAAGUGGUUUGUCCUUUGGUGGACCAUCUUCUCAUGGGGGCUCAUCCUUCGGAGGUGGCAGCAGUUACUACACACCAAAACACUCUUCCGUUCCAGCAGCUGUCUACGGUGCACCACAAAUUUCAUCGUACUCUCCAACAAAAUAUUCAUCAGGAAGUUCGUUUGGCCUAAUUGGAGGUGGAUCAAGCAGUCCUAACUAUGCCAUUGGACAGAAGGGACUCGGUCACUUCUCCUACGCACCCAGCAAACCAUCUGCCCUUAACACAGACUUCGUGUCUUCUUCCUCUAGUUUUGGCGGUGGAUUCGGUGGAGGCCAUUCUGGCAAGGCACCAUUCAAGCCAUCGGCUUUUCUAGGUUCCAGCCAAGAUAGUGGUUCGUCAUACCCCAGCAACCAAUACCUUCCACCAUCGCAAGAAUACCUGCCUCCAUCUCACAGUUUCAGUGGCUCGUCAAGUUCAUCCAGUGGUGGUGGCUCAAGUUACCAAGUCCCAUCAACAGUCUAUGGCGCUCCCAGUGGCAGUGAUGGAAGUUCCCAAAACAUCUAUGAGCAAGCCGCACCCAAUUAUGAUUCCUCAUCAUAUUCCGGCUCAGAUGACAGCAACUACGUGACUCCAGAACAAUCGUACGGAGUCCCAUCUGCUCCUGGCAAGAGCUACUUGCCACCCAGCACAAGUUACGGCACACCUAGCACUAGCUAUGGUACUCCCAGCCAUCACUGAUCAACAAAAUAGCUAUUAGCGUCUAGGCAGAAUCUCAUAAAAUCAUUAUUGUAUAUUUUUUCUAUUCAUAAGUUGUUCGCUGUAUUUAUUUUUUUAUUACUAUAAAUAAAAUAAUAAACAAAAAAAUAUAAAAAAUCCAA